GACCUUUUUCGCCAUACGAAUUUAAAGCACAAAGAGGAGACAUCCAAAAAAUAGAAAAUGGCGAACUUCGGUUUGAUUUUCAUUUCGGAAUUUCACGUUAAUUUUUUUGUUAAAUAAAAAUUCUACAAAUGAAAAAUAAUUGCAAAUUAUAAAAAUCAAACUAUUAUUCAUAAACUUAUAAACGCGAGUUGAAAACAUCGAACAAUUGGUGAAAGUGAAAAUAACCAAGUGGAUUAAGCAAAAAGUGAAAAAUGAAAAUUUUUGGCAAAAAUUUCGAGACUAAGAAAUUGUCAUGAAGUGAACGAACCUCAAAAAGGAGGAAUAAGUCAAAAGAAAAAAUUAAAAGGCCAAAUUAGAAAAGUCUUUUGUUUUGCAAUUAUUAAAUAAAUUUAAAUUUUUUUCAAAAAAAAAUAAUUCUUAAAUUGACUGUGCAAUGGUGAUUUAAUUGUCUCUUAAAGACGAGCAGACAAAAAUUAAAUUUGUUGCUUUUUUCUAAAUGUUUAAAAGGAAUUUCAUGACGAAUUGUACAUAAAGAUUCAGUCUACUAAACUGCAAUAUAAAAAAAAAAAACUUAUUAAAAAUUAAUAGUUCUAAAUAAAAAAAUCAGUAAAUAAAAGCCAAUUCCAAAAAUUAUAAACUCCAAAAGAAUACAACACAACAGUAAAUAGUUGCCUAAAAAUAAGCAAUAAAAUAAAUAUGAAAAAUACUAUUAAUGUUAACAAAAACUACAUAAUAAAACAUAAAAAUAAUAUUUUUUUCAUUAAAAAAGUCGCAAAAAUAUUUUAAGUAUAAAAAUAUAUUUAACCAAGUGCUUACUUAUGUAAAAUUUAACUAAAAAUAUUAAUUAUAAAAAAAAUAAAUAAAGAUUUCUUUUUUCUGUUUUCAAUUUGAAAGUAGUUAACAUUGAGCAAUUUUUCUUUUAAACGCUUUUGUAGCAUUAUUUAUAAAUAAUAUAAUAUUUACAAUAACUAUUAAUUGAAAAAUAAAAAUUAUCACCAUUAUUACUAAAAAACAAACAUAAAUCAAUUUAAUAAAAAUAAAUAAAAUUAUUAAAAAUUGUACUACAUUAAAACAACGGAAAUUAUAUAAAUAUCAUAAAAAUUAUACUUAUAACUAGAAUAAAACUUAUAACUGCAAAUAAUAAAUAAUAAUAAAAUAUAGAGUAAUAACAAUAAAAUAAAUGAUAAAUCUUUUCUAUUGUAAUAAUAAUUAGUGCUACCAAACUACAUCAUUUCUACCAAUUAAACUCUUUAAUAAUAUUAAAUAUUUAAAGAAAAAAAAAUUAAAAACUUUUAAACUUUUUUGAAAAAAGUUGAGAAAAAUAUUGUAUCUUUGACAAAACUUUACUCCGCCAUUCAUGUAAAAUCAAUUAUUUGUAAAAAACAGCAGUGGCAGCUUCAGUGAAGAAGAACCCAAGCAGACAAACAAUCAACUAAAACUUCUCUACAAACCAAAAAAUCUAACAAUAUGUCUAUUUGUUAUGCGAGAUAUUAGUAAAACGUUUACUAAAACCAAAUGCCAUGGAUAUGAAAAAAAUAUCAAAACCACGAAUGGAUGACUAUGAAUAUGAGAGGAAACAAAGAAGGGAACGUGAAAAGUCCGAAAGGCAACAAGUUCAAACAUCAUCAUCAAAUCGGGAGGUAGCACUUUUUUCAGAACCUCGACGUGUAAAUCCGUCCGAAGAUGAUGAUAAGAUUUCGGCGAAAUUGGGAGACUAUUCGAAAGCCAGGGAUUUUAUUAAUCUUUACACGGUGGGAAUAUCGAAUUCGGGUCAUAGGCAUAUGCCAGCUAAUGCUGUUUUACCGGGUAUAGUGCCAACAAGUUCUCCGCUACCAAAUGUAAGUUCUGGUGUGGCGACGUCUGCAUCGUCAACAGGUUCCUCCUCAUCGUCAUCAUCGCAGCGUUUGCUUCCACCUCCGCCACCACAAACACAGCAACAAUCACAGCAGCCACCACAUCACUAUCAGCAGCAACAGCAACAAUUACGACAAACGCCUUAUGUUAAACAGGCUGAUAAUAAACCUCCUUAUAAUGGCCGAGGGGGAUAUCCAGGACAACCAGUAAAUCGUUUGAGUAGUGGAAUGGCACCACCUAAGGGACCACCGUCCGGUUCAUUACUACCACCUGCCACUACACACAUGCCAAAUGGGCGCCAAUCAUCGUCGUCAGCCUCUUCCGUUGAGAAAUCAUACCUAGGACCACCUACAGCAUCGUCAAACUCGUCAUCGGCGACACACAAUGGUCGCUUUUCACAACCAUCAAUACCAAAACAACGCCAAAAACCAUUACCACCAGAGAACGACAUCAAAGAAAUAAUUAAUCAUGUUACCAAUACAUUUUGUCCUCCAAAGAUGUUAACUGGCAUUGAUGCAACACCGCACAAUACUUUAAUGGAGAAUUACAAUCUCAGUGAGAAGAAUAAACACAAGUAUUCCUUUGAUAUUUUAGCUAAAACAAGUAUAGUGGAACCUUUGGAUUCUCCGCCUCGUAAGCAAAUGCCAGCACCUAGAUUUGUGCCUCCUUUAUCAGCUACAUCAACAACACAGAUGCCUUCUUCAAAAUCAGUCCCCUCCUCCGCCCCCACCUCAUCAUCUUCCACUUAUAUAGCUCCUGCCACCAACACAACCGCUCCAGUCGGUCAUCUUACAUCAUCUACCUCUUCCUCUUCUGGGCAGUCUUCAUCGUUAAUAAGCAAUGCUACCAUAACAUCACCUACAGUGCCACAUUCUCCUAUCUUAUCUCGGCCAUCGAAAGAGUCAAUGAUAAAACCCUUAAAAACGGAAAAGCCAACUCCGCCACCAAUAGAAAAGCAGAAUUCAACUCUGGAAAAUGAUUUGGAACUUUCUGACUCGGACGAUGAUCGCAAAAAACAAAAUCGUUCCACAGUGAAUUCGAGUGACAGUUCUCCAUCAGAUUCAAGCGAAUCCGGAAGUGAUUCCUCAAGAAGUGAACCUCAGCAACCAGCUACAAUACCCGCCCCUCACCAGCUCAUUAGCCAGCAACAACAAAUGACUGUGGUAUUACCAACCAAAAAGAAAUUAGGAUCAGGAUCAGCUGGUACAAUACCCGGUAGCGCUAGUAGUUGCAGCUCUGGUUUGGGCUCUUCUGCACCUCCUUCGGGAGGUUCUUCAUCGUCGUCCUCCAAUAAGACACCAUCGCCUUCGAAUACUACCAAAUGGCAGCUAAGCAGAUAUUUCAAUAAGGCGCCUUUACAUCAGACACCAACACAAGAUGUCGUAUCUCCAUCCACCACUUCGAUUGUAAACUCCGUGAAUUCUAUGAAUGUUGCCAAUCUCAAUAUGCCCAUUACACUUCGGGGAGGAGCUCAAAUUAUACCUGAACCUCCCCAGCAUGUGGCAAAUAUUAAAAAUGAAUCCAUGUUAGAAGAUGUAGAUGAUGAUGAAGAUGAUGGUAAUGAGAUGGAAGACGAAAACUUACAUAGAAGAAAUAGAGGUACUAAUAAAGGUGAAACAUUCCCCCAUCCGGCAUUUCCAUCGCGGAAAGCACCAGCUGGUCUCUCAGUCACCCCACUUUCUCCUAUGUUGAGCGAUAUUAAGAAAGAAAUUUCCACGCCUCAUGGGAGUAUGGGAGUUAACCAACAGCAGGUGCCCAUUUUAAAUGCCUCGGAAUUUGUAUCAAUACCUUCUUCACACAUAAAACACGAAUCAAUGUCCAUAGCUGGAGGACAUACUACUAUUACUUCCUAUAGCCGCGAUGUCAUUGAAGGUUUAUCAAAUCUCUCCUCUGAUACUAAUACAAGUGAUGACGAAAGAUUGCCAGUAAGGGGACCCACGGGUACACUACAAAUUCCUGGUGUCCCAGCAGCAAUAACAGCUUUGCCUCGCUCCCCACCUAUGGUGCAAAAGACUCAAAUGUUAAAUUCAGUUACUAUGAUACGGUUAGAUCCUAUUAAUUCAUCUCCGACUGCACAUUUAAGUCGACCACCUCCUCCGCAAUCCAGAGCUAAAAAACCCAGAAAAAAACUGAAACAGCAAACUAGUGCCACGGUAGCGACGGAUACCAGUGACGAGGAGCAAGAUGACGUAACAAAACGUUUAGUUAGUCCGGCAGCUAGUGGCACAACUAGUGGAAUUACAAGUGGAGUUGUGGCUGGUCCCAAAAAAGGUCGAGGAAGACCACGUAAAACUACACCCAACCAAAGUGGAAACAUAAGUUCAGCAUCGUCAGCCUCGGCUUCUGCUAAAGGACCAACGUUAACCGCCAAAAAAGAUAUCAAUAAGAAACCCGCCUCUACUACAGCCACAGCAACCGCUCGAAGACGAGCUUCAAGACUUAACUCAUCAAAUUCUUCUGCUCAAGACCUUAAUUCUACCACCCCUACUAAACAAGCAAUUGUACAAGCUCCAAUAGAACUAAUACAAACAACACAAGUAACAACGCCGGUUUCUGUUAAGGAACAAGUACAUACUGCAAACGCCACUAGCGACGAUUCAUCCUCUUCAAGUGAGUCAUCAACAUGUUCUAUGUCAAAAUCAUCUUCGUCUAUUUCGGAUUCAGAUGUAGAAGAAACAACCAACAAACAACCUAUAAUAACUAACACUUCCUCAUCGGAAGACGAAGGAACAAAACCAAAUGGCAGUGCAAAAUCCAAAACUUCUGGAUCUGGGGAGCAUAAAUCCGCACCACCAAAGCGAAUAGUAAAAAAAUUGAAUACGCGAAAAUCAUCGCUUGAAGAUUUAUCAGCCCCCUUAACAGCAUCCACAAAGCCGCAUGAUAUGUCAAUGUCCUCCUCAUCAUCAUCGUCAUCAUCUGAAUCGUCAGCAGAAGAUUUCAGUCACCUUCCCAAUGCAUCAACUUUAACUGGAGGGUCUUCACAACAACCUGCUACCUCUAUUGGUGCAGGCAGUUCUUCCCAACGUUCUGCGAAUCAUCAAUCACCGCAUAAAGUGGCAAGUGCCUUUUUUUCGGAAUCGAGUGGUGAGGAACGUUCUGAUUCAGAUUCAGGCGAGCCUCGAAAGGAAAAGAAACUUAAACGUGAUAAACCAAAAAGUGAUAAAAAUAAAAUAAGUACGCUGACCCGUAUAUUCAAAUCGUCAAAUGAAGGAGGUGCUAAAAAACAGGGCCAAGUUCUUAUAGUGGAUCAGUCAGAAGACCAACAACAACAGCAAAUGCACCAACAACAGAAGCAUAUAUCUCCAGCAUUAAGACUGUCUCAAGAAAAUCUGUCCGCAGUACACAAUUCCCUACAAAAUACUCCAACAGCACAAUCUCCACGUUUAACACCUGGUGGUCAUAUGAGAUCACCACGUUCUUUAAACAUGACACCUCUCGCUUCUCAGGUUUUAGCAGCUGGUGCAAUGGCAUCACAUCGCACACCUGAUCGUAGUACGACGAGUGCCGAAAGAAAGUUACAACAACGUAUAAAGACACCAACCAGAACGCCUACUCGCACGCCACCAACCACAAGGACACCAACUCCAACGCCUGCUGUUGCAGCUACAUUGCAUCAUCCAAACCCUUCUCCCUCACCAUCAUCUACGACGCCUUCUCAUCUUCAUCAACAACACUUAGCUCUUUUACAACCUCCGCCACCAACUUCCUUAAUAUGUAAAAUUGAUCUCUCUAGAUUGUUGAAUGUACCCGAGGAGUGGCAAACAAAUGCAUAUCGUUUGUAUGGUCAUGCUCCUGGCCAUCAGCAAAAUCAUUUGACACCAAGCGCUGGACGCACUCCAAUAUAUGAUCAUGAAACAAUACUCAAUGCUGACCUGCAGUCUUGCAACAACCAAAUGCGUUUAAAAUCCGCAUCAAGUGGUAAUAUUAGUGGUGGUGGCAGUGGCAGUGCGACUCCUAGAAGUACGGGCAAUCGGACCCCUAUACAAAUUGCCUCCACUAUCUCAUCGGCCUCCGAAAGAGAACUUUCUCACUCAAGGGAAAAUCUCCACGACUUGGCCAAAGAAAACUGUAAUUCCGGUCGCAUGAGUAGUCGUUCGACAGAUGGCAGCAUAUGUGGUGGCGGUUCGACGCCGAAGGAACAUUUGCUACCUCCCAAUGGAUACAAUUCUGCUGCAGCAAUGAUUAGAGGUUAUAAUUCCCCUAAUCCUACAUUGGGUGGAGUGAAACUGUUGACCGGUGUUAAACAUGAACAAAUAAUAAAACAUGAACCUGAUUCAGAAUAUUCCUGCAAUGAAACUAAAUUUAAAAGUGAUUCUUCUACAGAUCCAUCACUCAUAAAGCAAGAACUUUUAAUACUCAAACAAGACUAUAAACCCAGUGAUUUGUCGGAAAAAUCAUCACUGUGCUCACCUAAUGACUUACCCAUGGAACCGAAACCAAGGCGUAAACGCAGCACCAGCUCAAGUUCCAGUCCUUAUAAAGAGAAAAAACGGAAAAAGGAAAAAGAUUUAAAUGCAAUUGCGUUAACCGAAAAAGAGAAAAUGGUUGUCAGUGGUAGUGAUAUUGUUAAAGAAAAGGAAAUCGCGAACGAUUCUUUAAAAUCCGGAAAGGAACCCACUGUAACAGAAGAUUGUUUAACAAAUACAAACGGACAACAGCAGACACAGGAUCAACAAUUUUCCCAUACAAAUCACGAUCGGUUAUUAAUGGAGAAUAAAUUUCAACAACAGCAAAGCACGGAUAAAUCAAAUAGUCUUAAUAACAAUAAUAGCAACAAAACAACAAACAAUGUCUCAAACACUGCCAGUCCUGCGCAUUUACAAACUACAAACAACCAUUCAACCACAAUCGCCUCAACCAAUAUGCCACCACCAGCCAAUGUAGGACUGAUACCAACUGUUACACAACCUCCUCAACCCGCAGCUGCAUGCUUAAAGAAUGUUCAAGUUUCAGCACCUGCUACAUCUAUGCCUUCAGUAGCUUCCUCAUCGUCGUCGCCCGCCGCAAUAGCAGGAGUCUCAAAUUCAUCUGUACCACCAACAGAAGCAGUGUCAGCAGCAGCAUCAACCACCCAACCUCAAGUUAUCUAUCGUUCCUACUUUGAACGAGAUGAUGAUGCUUUGAGUGAUGAAUUCAGGUUUGUUGCGGAAUCAUUUAUUGAUUAUUCGAACUCCUCUACCUACUCCUCCAACAACAACAACACUACCAACUCCUCCGUUACGGCCAAAUUUCAAAAUUUAUUGCAAAUCAAGGACGGUAAGUUUUUGCAAGAGGCUGUUCAUCGCAAGCAUGCGGCAGAUCGUGAGCAGAACACUUUCAACCAAGUGACUUUAUACUUAGAGGCUGUGGUUUACUUUCUUCUGUCUGGCGCUGCAAUGGAACAACAUAGUCGUUCUGAAGAUGCAGCUUGGACUAUGUACAAGGAUACCUUGUCAUUAAUUAAAUUCAUAUCUUCUAAAUUUAGACAUUUACAAGUUUCUUCAGCGAAUCAACAUGAUACUCAUAAUAAAGUUGCUAUAUUAAGUCUACGUUGCCAGUCUUUGAUCUCUUUAAAGUUGUUUAAACUUAAAAGAAAUUUUUGCCGUCAAAUCAACAAUAUUUGUUCGGAUUUCUUCAAAUCGGGUAAAGGCGAUAUUAUUAAUGGCAAUACGCCUUCAUCAAUUUCACCUUCUAAUUCGGUAGGUUCACAGGGUUCUGGUUCCAAUACUCCACCCGGUAAAAUAGUGCCUCAAGAUAUACACUCAGCUUUAUGUCAGCAAAACCAAUAUUUUACUUAUUUAUCUAGUAGUCAUGAAUUAUGGGAUCAAGCCGAUCGUUUAGUUAGACAAGGGAAUCACACCGAUUUCUUUAUUGCAUUGGACCAUGAAAAUGGUCCUUUGACGUUGCACAGCAAUGUUUAUGAAGUCUUUCGCUAUGUCCAGGCUGGUUUAAAAAAACUGAAAGAUGAAAUGCUUAUACAAUAAUAAAAAACGUUUGCAAAUAUUUCUUGCAUGUUGUCUUACAAAGUUUUAACAAAAAAUUACUUUUUUUAUAUACACAAACAAACACUAGUUAACAUCACUUCUUAACUUAUUGAGUUUUUAUAAUAUUAUUUAAUAAUCAAAUCAAUAAGUAAAUAAACGAUUUUCAACUUUUCUUAGGGUAUCUAAAAUAUAAUUCAGUGCUUUUUGUUAAUGCUAAACAAAAAAAGAAAAAUCAAUUUCCUAGAUAAGUCAUUAUUAUUGUUACAUAUACAUAAAUUUAUAAUUAAAUAAAUAAACACAGCAAGGAACUUAUCUUCAAUAACAUUAAAGUGUUAUUACAUUUUAUUAAGAAAAUUUGAUUAUGCUGAAUAUAAUUGAACUUUAGAUUUUUAAAGAAUGACAUGUUAAAAAUUUUAUUUUAAAAUAAAAAAAAGAAACAUUAAAUUUUAUUUAUAAAGUCAUAAUUAUUUUAAUUAACAGAACCAUUUAAAAAACUCUGCUUUUUUAA